AUGGCGGCGGCGCUGUCGGUGAGCGGGGCCGGGCCCGGGCCCGGAGCGGAGCCACCGGCGGGGCCUGCCCGGGCCCCCGAGGAGGAGCUGCCGCCGCUGGACCCGGACGAGGUGCGGAACCGCCUGGAGCACAGCGCGCGGCAGUUCCGCAACCGGCGGAAGGUGCUGAUCCGCGGGUUACCGGCGGAUGUUAGCAACCAGGAUGUUCAUGAGCUGCUGAAGGAUUAUGAGCUCAAAUACUGCUUCGUAGACAAGUACAAGGGGACGGCCUUCAUCACCCUGCUGAACGCUGAGCAAGCCUCCGCCGCCAUUCGGCAGUUCCAGGGCUCGGCGCUGCGGGGCCGCCAGCUCCACCUGCAGCUGCAGCCCACGGACGCCGUGCUGUGCGUGGCCAACCUCCCUCGCCUGCUCACCCAGCACCAGUUCGAGGAGCUGGUCCGGCCUUUUGGCAACCUGGAGCGUUGUUUCCUGGUCUAUAGCCAGAGCACGGGGCAUUCCAAGGGGUACGGAUUUGUGGAGUACAUGAAGAAGGACUCGGCGGCCAGGGCCAAGUCGGAGCUGCUGGGGAAGCAGCUGGGCAGCCGGACGCUGUACGUGCACUGGACGGACGCGUCGCAGCUGAGCUCAGAGCUGCUGCACUCACGCUGCCUGUGCGUGGACAAGCUGCCCCACGGCUACGGAGACACGCGGGAGCUGCGGAGGAUGGCGGCGGCCACCUGCGAGCCCGAGUUCUGCCAGGUGGCCGUGGGGCAGGACGGGCAGCUGAAGGGCUUUGCGGUGCUGGAGUUCCCGUCCCCGGAGGCGGCCGAGCGGGUGCAGGCGGCCAUGGACGGAGCAGCGCUGGCUGGGAACCAUAUCCGAGUGUCCUUCUGUGCCCCUGGCCCGCCUGGCCGCAGCAUGCUGGCUGCGCUGAUCGCCGCACAGUCCACAGCAUUGAACCGUGGAAAGGGGCUCCUGCCUGAGCCCAACAUCCUCCAAAUCCUCGCCAGCCUCGGGAAUCCGGCAUCCCUGCAGCUCCUGCUCAACCCUCUUCUCCACGCGCCCAAGCAGGCAGGAAUUUUGGGCGCUGCUCCCUCCCUUCCCCUGGUCAGCAACCCGGCGCUUUCCACGGCUCUGCUCCAGUUGGCUCUGCACAACCAGCCACAGAAACCGGGAAUUUUGGGUGAUUCCCCCCUGAGCUCCCUGCCCCAUGCCCCGGCCCAGCCCCCAGGGAAGCUCCUGGGCGAGAUUCCUGCAGGUGCUCCCUUGGCUGGUGACAUGACCCAGGCACAGGGAAAAUCCCAAAUUUUGCCUUCGGGGAAGGUGGCCCUGACCUCGUUCCUGGCUCAGGUGGGACCCGAGAGAGACAAAGGAACCUCAGGGACCCCCGUGGGACCCCCAGGCCUCGGCCCCAAAUCCGGCCCCAAAGCCAAGCAGGGAGAGAGCGGAGCCCCUGCACCUGCGAUCUCUCUGCUGGGGGAGCCCCCCAAAGAUUUGAAGAUCCCCCUCAAUCCUUACCUGAACCUUCAGAGCCUCCUCCCCACGCCCGUGCCAGGAAAAGGAUUUCAGGCAAAACCCGGAGUUUUGGGGACCCCCAGGUCUGACCCUCUGCUCCCCCCGCCUGAAUUCACUUUGGAAUUCCCACAGGAAUUGGGACCCCGAAUUAUCCCCCAAACACGAGACCACUCCGUAUCCAUCCUGGGGGGCUUCGCCCAUGGCAGGCACAAGGUCUCCUCCUCCUCUUCCUCACCGGCGUUUGAGAGGGGGAAUUUGGGACCGCCGGUGCCCCCGUUUCUCUCAGGCUCCCCCAGUUCCUAUUUCAGCAGCGGUCUCCAGGCCGGGCUCAAGCAGAGCCAGCUCAGCAAGAGCGUCGCCAUCCCCCCGAGCUCAGACUCCAUCCUCACCUUGGCACCCCAAACCUCUCACCUGAAGACCCCUCUGGGGGGCCAAAAACGAGGAUUUUCCCACCUGCUGCCCUCCCCAGAGCCCAGCCCUGAGGGAUGUUACGUGGGCCAACAUUCCCAGGGCCUGGGGGGUCACUAUGCCGACUCCUACCUGAAGAGAAAAAGGAUAUUUUAGGGAGAAAAAAACCCAAACCACCCCAAAACCCUGCUCUGUACAUCUGUACAAACCCGGACAGGUUUUUGGAAGGAUUUGAUUAUUUGGGGGCUUGUUUUAAUGGGGGUUUAUUAGGGGGGCUUUGUUUGUUUUAUUGGGGUUUUUCCCAUUGGUUUUUUUUGUUUAAAUGUGUUGUGGUUUUUUAAUUAUUUUUUUAUUUUAUUGGGGUUUAUUCCGUGGGGGUUUUUUUUAUUUUUUUUAUUUGGGGGGGUUGUUUGUUGGAUGAUUUUGUUUGGUUUGUCUUUUUGUUUUAUUGUGUUUUUUUGUUUUGUUUUUUUUUUUUUUUUAUUGGAUAUUUUUGGUUUGGGUUUGUUUUUCUGUGGUUGUUUUGGUUUAUUGUGGGGUGGGUUUUUUAUUUUAUUAGGGCUUUUUGUUUGUUUGUUUUAGUUUAAUUUGUUUUGUUUUAUUGAGGUUUUAAUUUUUUUAGUUGUUGUUGUUUUAUUGAGUUUUUCUUGGUUUUUAACAUUUCAGUCCCCCCACACACACCUCGAAGGAUUUUAGGAGCCUCUUUGAGCCCCACCCACCCCAAAUUUUUGGGGUUUUUUCUUCCUUCCCCCCUCCCCAGAGCAGUUACUGGGAGCCCCAAAAGCCCUCCGUGCCUUAACCUGCUGCUUUUGGGGUUGGGAUCCUCAAUUUCAGGGCUCUCCAUCCUUUUUUGGUGGGAAAAAUUCACGUUUUUGGGGUCUUUUUCUUCACCAUUAAAAGGGGCAAUCCCCAUUUCGGGGUAAUUUCCCUCAUUCUGGGGUUGCUGCCCUCAUUUUGGGGUCAUUUCCCUCCCUUUUUUUGGGUGGGAUCUCCAAAUUUUUGGGGUUUCCCCCCUUUAUUUUUAGGGGACUCUUUAAACAUUUCACUGCCAUGUUUUUUUGUUGUUGUUGUUUUUUUUUUUUUUUUUUUUUUUUAAUGUUCCCCCCCUUUGUUUUAACUGGAGCUGUCUCCAUUUUAUGCUUUUUUUUCGGGGUGUGGGGGUAAAAUUAGCCUUUCUACUUAAACGCUGGGGUUUAUUUUUUUUAAACAACUAAAUCUUACUCCUUUGUCCUUUCUUUUCAGUCUGUUUUAUCUCCCCCUUCCUCUCUUUUGGGGGGAUUUCCCAGGAUUUGAAUAAUUCCCUGUUUUUACUGUCUGGUUUUGCUGUAAGGGGGGGAUGUUGGGGUGGGGGCUGUGUCCCCCCUCACCCCCCUCG